AAACAAUAUCGAAAUAUAGACUUGUUAAGAAAAAAAUACUUGCACUACCUCCAUGUCAACAGUCCUGAUCCAAUGCUACAAUGCAGUCGGCGUACUUUAUUUAAACCAACUGCAUUAAUGCCGUGCUGUGCCGCGCAAAGCCCGUCGGGAAACACAGCGCCGGUCGUCGCCAUAUUGGAGUACAACUAUUGUUAUAAAUACUGACGGGGGCUGCUGCUGGCUGAGUUUACAUGUUUUCAAGGAAGAUAUUUUGAAAAAUACGACGAAAGCUCCUCUGGAGGUCAUGAAAGAAAUGUCAACGACUAGCAACAGUGUGCUUGGCGGGCAGCAGCCUCAGAAACACUAUGGGAUCACAUCCUCCAUCAGCUUGGCGUUCCCCAGGGAGCUCGAUCACAUGUACACCCAGAAACUCAUCGAGGCCAUGAAGCCUUUCGGGGUGUUUGAGGACGAGGAUGAGCUCAAUCACAGAUUGGCCGUUCUGGGGAAACUCAACAUGUUUGUCAAGGAAUGGAUUGCAGAUAUUAGUGAUACUAAGAACCUUCCCCCCUCAGCUGUAGCCAAUGUCGGUGGGAAAAUAUUUACAUUUGGGUCCUAUCGUCUUGGAGUGCAUACUAAAGGGGCGGAUAUCGACGCGCUGUGUGUGGCUCCCCGUCACGUGGACCGUUCCGACUUCUUUCAGUCUUUCUUUGAAAAGCUCAAACAGCUCGAGGAGAUCAAAGACCUACGGGCUGUUGAGGAUGCAUUUGUACCAGUUAUCAAGUUUAAGUUUGAUGGGAUUGAGAUUGAUCUGUUGUUUGCGAGACUGGCCCUGCCGUCCAUUCCCGACAACCUGGACCUGCGAGGAGACUCUCACUUGAGGAAUCUAGAUAUCCGAUGCAUUCGCAGCUUAAACGGUUGUCGAGUCACCGAUGAAAUCCUGUACCUGGUGCCAAACAAGGAGAACUUCAGGCUAACGUUGAGAGCCAUCAAGCUGUGGGCCAAGCGGCGGGGAAUCUACUCCAACAUGCUGGGCUUCUUGGGGGGCGUGUCCUGGGCCAUGCUGGUGGCCCGAACCUGCCAGCUGUACCCCAACGCGGUCGCCGCCACGCUGGUGCACAAGUUCUUCCUCGUCUUCUCCAAGUGGGAAUGGCCCAACCCGGUCCUCUUAAAACAACCUGAAGAGAGCAACCUGAACCUGCCUGUCUGGGACCCACGGGUGAACCCCUCUGACCGGUACCACCUCAUGCCCAUCAUCACGCCCGCGUACCCGCAGCAGAACUCCACCUACAACGUCUCCACCUCCACCCGCACCAUCAUGAGCGAGGAGUUUAAGAACGGUCUCAAUGUCACCGAUGAAAUUCUUCAGGGGAAAGCGGAUUGGUCGAAGCUUUUUGAGCCGCCAAACUUUUUCCAAAAAUACAAGCAUUACAUUGUACUGACAGCCAGUGCAUCUACUGAGGAGAAUCACUUAGAAUGGAUCGGUCUGGUGGAGUCGAAGAUCCGGGUUCUGGUGGGGAAUCUGGAGCGGAACGAGUACAUCACUCUGGCCCAUGUGAACCCGCAGUCCUUCCCCGGGUCCAAGGAGAACAGCAGCGAGAAUGAAUACAUUUCCAGGUGGUUCAUUGGAAUCAUCUUCAAGAAGGUGGAGAAUGCGGAGAGUGUGAACAUUGACUUGACCUAUGACAUCCAGGCUUUCACAGACACCGUGUACCGACAAGCGAACAACAUCAACAUGCUGAAAGACGGCAUGAAGAUCGAGGCGACGCACGUGAAGAAGAGGCAGCUCCACCAGUACCUGCCUCCGGAGGUCCUGCAGAAGAAGAAGCGGAGCAUGGCGGAUUUGAACCGCAGCUCCGGCGGCGGGACAAAGCGCGCCUCCCUGGACAGCAGCACGCUGGACAGCUCCAGGGACACGGACUCGGGCACGCCCUUCACCUCCCCGACCCCCGUCAUCAAGCCCCGGAAGCCGGCUUCUGACACGGACGACAGCAUCACCCCUCCCAAACCCCCCGCCCUGCUGUUUGCGGAGAGCCCGCCGCCCGAGGAGGCCUCUCCCCAGAGCGUCGAGCAGGGCAUGUCCAUCCCUGUGAUUGGCUCCAACCCGGUAGCCACGCCCCCAGCCAUGAGCGCAGCGCCCCCUCCUGGCAGCACCAUCCCCACGGUGGUGGGCAGGAGCGUGGUCCCGCGGCACGGCUCCCCCGGCGGCCCGAGCGAGCUGCCCAACGGCGUGAGCGCCGCCCCCGCGGUCAACGGCACCGCCGCAGCCAAGCGGCCCCACUCGCCGUCCCUGGAGGAGUCGCCCAAGAGGCUCAAAGACGCCGACAAGCUCUUUUUGGGGGACUCGGAGUUUAAGGAGCCCUAUCCACCUCCCAGCAACGGGCAGGAGCAAGGGGACAGCCCGGCGGUGGUGGGUCCUGCUGAAGUUCAGGCGAUGCCCAUCCCGACCAUCGACACGUCGAGGACGCAGAGAUUACCCAGCAAGGAGCUCCCGGAUGCCUCGUCGCCCCUCCCCACCAGCAACCUGCGCGUGAUCAAGAACUCCAUCAGACUCACCCUCAACCGAUAGCAGCGAAGCGUUGUCCAGGUAACCCUGCUGGGUCACCCCGCUGACCCCCGCCCCCCCUUUUUAGUGCACACUCACUGCUGGUGCCGGGACCCCCUGGAGAAGGGAGCAGGACCGCGGGGGGGGGGGUAAUGUGUUUUUAACACCCCCACACUGCUGCCCUGCUGGACGCUUGCAAUCUCUCCCUGAAAUGAUCAACUGCCAAUCAAGAGUAUUGGAGGGUGGUAGUUUUUUUUUUUUCCCCCUUUUUUUUUCUUCAUUUUUCGGAAUUCAUUGGUCGUUUCCUUUUUCUUUUUAAACUGCCUUCACGCGACAAAAUACUCUGAGUUGAGCUUGUUAGAAUUCAUAACUUGUACAAUAAGUAUAGUUUAUGUAUAUAAUUGUCUUUAAAAUCACUGUUUAGUCUUUUUUUCAUACACCAAAAAUUGUAGUUUUUAACAAAAAAGAAAAGUUAUAAAAAAAAAAAAAAAGUCCUUUAUUUUUUCCCUCUCUAUGUACUGUCAAAAUUGUUUUUUGUUUUUUUUUUCCUCCUCCAAGGAUAUUUUCUUUUUCCUUUUUCCUUUUUUUUCUUUUUUUAAAUGACUGUAGAGGUUCCAGUGCAGUCAGCGGCUCCUCUGGGCCACGGACCGGGCCAGAACCGCGACCCACGCUGCCCGCCACAGCGCGCUCGGCCCCGGGGCCCUGGCGAGCCGCUGUUUUUCAGCCAGUGGAAAUCGAACGCUCCGUGCUGGCCUGUGAUUGGCUGUAGCCCGGGCGGUCGUGGUUCUGGUGCGGUCCGGGACCAGGGUCAGCCUGCUUUAACGGGACGGUCGAGUGCUGUGUGCCGUAUAGCUGGAUGAGUUCCUCCCAACCCCUCUCUUUUUUUUUUUUUUGCCCCCCCCCCCCUCGUUUUCCCCCCUCGCUACGCUAACUCCCCGAGAGCGGGGCGGCGGCUCUUACGCCUCCUGUGGAGGCCCCUCGGCUCCUCCUUGGUUCAUGACGUAGAAGGAGGGAGCCCGGCUUCUGCUUUCUCCCCCACGCUCUGUAACUUCACUGGCCCCGCCCAAGUCGAGCGUACAGGAAGCAGCUGCGCGCUUAAGGCUCCUUCCGCACUCACUUCCUGGGGUUCUUAUCAUUUUAUUUAUACCCGCCAUGUUUGUACCUUGUGCUUUUUUUAUAUAUCAAAACCAUUGCCGUUACUUUUCUUCCUCAUUAACAUUGUGAUGACUGCUCCAGCCGAAUGUGAAUCUUCGUUUAUCGCAAUUUAAAAGAAAAAACAAAAAAAAAAAUAUUUCAGUUCGUUGGGGUAUUGUUUUUGUAGGGCAACAAAUUGUAUUUGAAAGGGUAUUUUUCUAUGUAAUGUAUGGUAUUGUCUCCUUUAAAAUAAUACCAUAAAACCAUAAAACCCCAGAUGUCUGUCUCCCUGUUUAUUUUUGUUUUGCUUUUUGUUUUUGUGAAUUCAGACUUUUAUAUUAAUAAAUUGGGGGGGGGGGUAUUUUUGGUAUGUUGGUACUUCUUCAGAGGGAAACCUUAUAUUUGUUCCUUGGAGUGUCCUAGAUUUAUAGAGGUUUCAUGCCUUUUUGUGUGUUGUAUUUGGUCAUCAUGACAGUCUGGAUGAGUUCUAGGCGGGUGAAAUCCAUGUAGGUGUGUCCACUGACUUCCCAUGUUUUUCUUCUCUGUACACUGUCUGUCCUUGACAAAUCUAUGAAAAUAUUAAUUUGAAAAAUGCCUGAUUUUACUAAUACAGUGCAGUCCGUAAGUAUUGGGUCAGUGACAGUAUUAUAGUUUUGGCUCUGUAGUCCAGCACACUGGAUAUAAAUGAAACCGUGAGGUUGAAGUGCAGACUGUCAGUGGUAAUGUGUUGAUUUACAUCCAUAUUGGGUGGUACCUGUUGGAAUUGCAGCCCUUUUAAUACGUAGUCCUCACAUUUUUAAUUUGUCCAAUCCACAAAGUUGUGAUAGUAGUUGCAAAUCCUUUGCAUUUGAUGACUACCUUAAGUCUGUGACCCACAGACAUCACCAGAUGGGUACGCCGCGCCAGGCCUGUACUCCCGCCAUCUUCAGUCCUCGUGUUUCAGGGGCUUUGUGCCUUCAGUCUCGUCUUCAGCGAGUGUAGGGCGUGUUCAGUUGGAUUCUGGUUCGGGGAAAGGCUUGGUCAGUCAAAGAACAUUCAAGUUUUUUUUGUUUUUUUUUGGUCCAUCGAAGCUGCUUGGGAGCUUUAGCUGUGUGUUUGGGGUCAUUUUCCUUCUGGAAGGCGUAGUGGUGUCGAAUGAGUUUUGAGGUAUUUGGUUGGAUCUGGGCAGAUUAGAUGCUUAUGUACUCUUCAGAAUUCAUUCUGCUGCUGCAGUCAGCUGUCUUAUCUGUGGAGACAAGCGAGCCAGUUCCAGUGAUGGUCAUACAUGCCCAAGCCAUAACACUACACUACCUCCACAGGUGAGGUGUCGUGCUUUGGAUCUUGAGCAGUUCCUUUCUUUCUCCACACUCUUCCUCUUACCACCAGUUUGGUACAGGUGAAUACUCCUCUGUCCAUGAGACUUUUUUCAGAAGUGUACAGUAGAGUGAUAGACUGGCAGCCUGUCCAGGGUGUAAUGCUGCCUUUCACCCGAUAUACCCUGGGAAUAGGCUCCAGCCCCCCCCCCCCCCGGACCCUGCCCAGGAUAAGCGGGUAUAGAUAAUGUAUGGAUCCUGCCCAGGAUAAGCGGGUAUAGAUAAUGGAUGGACCCUGCCCAGGAUAAGCGGGUAUAGAUAAUGGAUGGAUGGAUGAUGGCCUGCUUUACUGGCUUUGACGCUUAUUUGGUCCUCAUGUUGAGAGACAGCAGCAACAGAUUCCAAAUGCAAGUUCCACACCUACAAUCGAUUCCUUCCAUUUGCUUUCUUGUGCAUGAACUAAUGAUGCAAAGACACAGCUGGCCCAGAAACCGCUGAGUACCCAAGUGUCCAGUUGGUCCUCUAAAAUGGCGGUUAUGUAUAAAUAGGGCUGUGAUUCCUGCACAGUUCACCUGAUAUGGAUGCAAGUCCCUUCAAAAGCUGACACUGCACUUUGCCCUGAUAUUCAUCAUUUCCUUUCAUAUCCAAUGUGCUGGACUACAAAGCCAAAGCUGCUAAAACCAUGUCACUGUUCAUAUACAGACUGCACUGUAUAUGGAACCCCCCCCCCCCCCCAAAAAAAAAAAACUUUAGAAGUAUGUUCCCUACAUUCUGUAUAAUUAAUUGCUGAGUGUUCACUUUGGCAAUUUAUGCAAUUGUCCUAUUUUACUAGUCCAUCUGAGUUUUGUAAACCUUGAAUAGCGAAUUGAGUUAAAAGCCUACUUUCUGGUCUCCAAGGGAUAAGUCUUGAAGGCUGUUUGAGCCACUUCGCAUAGAUUGUAGUCAUGUUGUUUUUCUGCGUUGUAUUUUAACAUUUACUUUUAAUCUCUCAAAAUAAAGAUUUUUUAUUAUAUA